GGCGGGGCUACCCGGCCCCGCGCCCCGCGCCCCUCCCGGGUGGUAGCGGGCGCGCGGCGGAGGGAGCGCGCGCUGGCGGCGGCGGCCCGUCCCCUCCCCCUCCCGCCGCCGCGCACAGCUCGGGGAGCAGCCGGGGGCUCGGUGGCGGCGGCGGCGGCGUCUGGCCCCGGCUCCUCCUCCUCCUCGUCCUCCUCCUCCUCCUCGUCCUCCUCCUCCUCGCCCUCCACCUCCACCAUCUCCUCCUCCAUCGCCUCCUCGCUCCCUCCGUCCGCGAUGGUUAUGGCCCGUCGCUGGAGCACAAAAGCGUCUCGGCCGUGGAGGUCUGCGUGGGUCUUGCUGUUCCUCGCCGGAGUGUACGGAAACGGUGCUCUUGCAGAACAUUCAGAAAAUGUGCAUAUUUCAGGAGUGACAACUGCUUGUGGAGAGACUCCAGAACAAAUCCGAACACCCAGUGGGGUCAUCACCAGCCCGGGCUGGCCCUCCGAAUAUCCUGUCCGAGUCAACUGCAGCUGGUUCAUCCGGGCAAAUCCGGGGGACAUCAUCACUAUCAGCUUUCAGGAUUUUGACAUUCAGGGCUCCAGAAGAUGCAGUUUGGACUGGCUGACGAUAGAAACGUACAAGAACAUUGAGAGUUACAGAGCCUGUGGGUCCACCAUCCCGCCGCCAUACAUUUCCUCCCAAGACCACGUCUGGAUCCGGUUCCACUCUGACGACACGGUCUCAAAGAAGGGCUUCAGGCUGGCGUACUUCUCAGGGAAAGCCGAGGAGCCCAAUUGUGCAUGUGACCAGUUCCGCUGCGGCAAUGGCAAGUGCAUCCCCGAGGCCUGGAAGUGCAACAGCAUGGACGAGUGCGGGGACAGCUCGGACGAGGAGGUCUGCGCCCAGGCCCCCGCCGCCGAGCCGCCCACCGCCGCCGCCUUCCAGCCCUGCGCCUACAACCAGUUCCAGUGCCUGUCGCGCUUCACCAAGGUCUACACCUGCCUCCCCGAGGCCCUCAAGUGCGAUGGCAACAUCGACUGCCUGGACCUGGGCGACGAGAUCGACUGCGAUGUGCCCACGUGCGGCCAGUGGCUCAAGUACUUCUACGGCACCUUCAGCUCCCCCAACUACCCGGACUUCUACCCGCCGGGCAGCAACUGCACUUGGCUCAUCGACACAGGCGACCACCGCAAGGUCAUCCUGCGCUUCACCGACUUCAAGCUGGACGGCACGGGUUACGGCGACUACGUGAAGGUCUACGACGGUCUGGAGGAGAAUCCGCACCGCCUGCUGCGCGCGCUGACGGCCUUUGACGCCCACGCGCCCCUCACUGUGGUGUCCUCCUCCGGCCAGGUCCGCGUGCACUUCUGCGCCGACAAGGUGAACGCGGCGCGGGGCUUCAAUGCUACCUACCAGGUGGACGGCUUCUGCCUGCCCUGGGAGAUACCCUGCGGCGGCAACUGGGGCUGCUACACGGAGCAGCAGCGCUGCGACGGCUACUGGCACUGCCCCAAUGGGCGAGACGAGGUCAACUGCACCGUGUGCCAGAAGGAGGAGUUCCCCUGCUCUCGCAAUGGCGUCUGCUACCCGCGCUCGGACCGCUGCAACUACCAGAACCACUGUCCCAAUGGCUCCGACGAGAAGAACUGUUUCUUCUGCCAGCCGGGCAACUUCCACUGCAAGAACAACCGCUGCGUCUUCGAGAGCUGGGUGUGCGACUCGCAGGACGACUGCGGUGACGGCAGCGACGAGGAGAACUGCCCCGUCAUCGUGCCCACCCGCGUCAUCACCGCCGCUGUCAUCGGCAGCCUCAUCUGCGGCCUGCUGCUGGUCAUCGCGCUGGGCUGCACCUGCAAGCUCUACUCCCUGAGGAUGUUCGAGCGAAGAUCAUUUGAAACGCAGUUGUCAAGAGUGGAAGCAGAAUUGUUAAGAAGAGAAGCCCCUCCUUCCUACGGACAGUUGAUUGCUCAGGGCUUAAUUCCACCAGUUGAAGAUUUUCCUGUUUGUUCACCUAAUCAGGCAUCGGUUCUAGAAAACCUGCGGCUGGCGGUCCGCACCCAGCUGGGCUUCACGUCCAUCCGGCUCCCCAUGGGCGGCCGCUCUAGCAACAUCUGGAACCGCAUCUUCAACUUCGCGCGCUCCCGCCACUCGGGCUCCCUGGCCCUGGUGUCCGCCGACGGGGACGAGGUGGCCGCAGGUCCGGGCUCCAGCCGGGACGCGGACAGAGGCCACGCGCACCGCAGCCUGUUCUCCGUGGAGUCGGACGACACCGACACGGAGACCGAGCGGAGAGAUGCGGCCGGGGCAGCCGGCGGGGUGGCGGCGCCACUGCCCCAGAAAGUGGCCCCGACGGCGGCCGUGGAAGCCACCGUGGCGGCCAGCGGCCCGGCAGUGUCCUCGGCGUCCACCACGGUGGCGACGACGGCAUCCAGCGCCCGCGUGGGGGGCCCCGAGAGCGGCCGGGAGGCGGCCCCGACGGCCCCCACGACCACAACUACGACGGUGGCCACGGCCGAGCCCCGGAGCAGCGUGAGCCCGGCGCGGCAGCAGCUCAGCAGCGCACUCAGCCGCGUGACUCAGGGGCUGCGCUGGGUGCGCUGCACGCUCGGGCGCGCGGGGGGCGCGGGGGCGGCCAGCACGGCGGCCGCGGCGGCCACAGGCCAGGGCCGCAGCCCCUUGAGACAGCUGGGCCCCGGGGCGCACGGCAGGGAGGACGACGACGACGUGGAGCUACUCAUCCCCGUCGCCGACGGCGCGCCGGACUCGGACGCCCACGACUGCGCGCGGCCGCUCCUGGACCUGGCCCCGGAGCCCGCGCCCGCCGCCCCCCGGCCCGGCCCCGCUGCCCCCUCGGCCGGUGCCCCCCAGCACCCCGGGCCUUGCGAGCACUGCGGCAUGGUGCACACGGCGCGGAUCCCGGACUCGUGCCUCCUGCACGGCGCCCCCAAGGGCGAGACAAGCGAUGACGAGGCGUUGUUACUGUGCUAGUGGGAGAUGCAGGGGGCUGCCGGGCACCCCGACCCCGCCUCCACCCCCGCCCAUGUCGGAGCAAUACCCAGUCAUUGUUUUUCUAACUUGGCUAUAAGACUCUUCUUUCUUUCUCUCUUUUUUUCUUUUUCUUUUCUUUCUUUUAUUUUUUUGCAUCAAAAAUAAAAAGGGAUGAAAAAUAAAUUUAAAAAAUUAAAGAUGCAGGGUGCGUUCUCAGCCUGCACCGCUACUUUCGCCGGAGUUGCAGCCGCUUGCAGAGUUUCCCACCGGAGCGGCUGGCAAUGCAUCUUGUUCUCCUCUGGGUUGAUGAUGUUUCUUCCACGUGCUUCUCGUUUUCAUCCUGCUUACUGUCGUCCGCGGUGACGCCUUGGCUGCUGACAUUCUCACCUUCACCUCCGUGUUCCCUUUAUGCGCCGUCCAAAGGUCGGUUUGUACGAAAUGCCAUCUUUUUAGCUGAAUCCUUUUGAAUCCUUUUAUUACCGAUUGUUUUUGGGUUUUUUUUUUUUUUGGUGUUUUUUUUUUCCCAGCACAUUUCAUUUCAUAUGCUAGCCAUUAAGGUCAGUGUGCAAAAGAAGCCCGUAUCCUUGUGUUUUUAUUUGUAUAACAUUUGUUCCUACUAUUAAUUGGAUUUUUGUCAGAAUGAGGUUAUCAAAGGGAAAAAGGAUCUUUGUCCAAAAACUUUUCUCCUCCAUUUAACAUUCAGUGAUGUGAAAUUUAGAUAGUUAAAUUAAUGGCAAAAAAAGAAACAACCCCAAAACCACAAAAGUUUUAUAGAUUUUCUAAUGUUGACUUUAUUACUCCAGUAUGGUACAAACCAAAUGGUAAGAUCCCAAAUCCUUUCCUUUUUCAUCUCUAUUUAGGGACAGAAUUAAGUGGAUGAAGAUACUCUACUAUGCAUUAAAUAUUGAACUUUAUAAAAUAUGUACAAAAAUUGUACAAGAUAAGUCCUAACUGGUAAUGUCUUUCCCUGGCACAGGGUUAUGCUUGUAUUGGACCCUAGGGAUUUGCACUAAAAUCAUAUCAAGGUCUCAGAUGAAUUUGGUGCACAAGCACUAUCACUUUAAAUGCUAUUAUUUGUUCUCACAAUGACUAUAUAUUUCCAUAGCUUUCUGGGGGUUAGGGGGCAUUUUUAUUACAACUUGAAUUUGCUUUGCUGGUUUCAUAUUUAUUUGUUGUAUUUAAAGACUGCAUUAUUGAAAGAAAGUGAUUUUUUUCAAUAUAUUUUGUUCCGGGGGGAAAUGAGUCCUGCUACCUGUUGAAGAAAAGCAGAUUAAGAAAAAUAAUAACAUUGCAGUGGCCCCCUUUUAUAAGUAGAGUGAGUUGCAAAGCUCUGCACAUUUUUUUUAUUGUCAGUUCCUGUUUAUUUAUUCCUUAGCUGUCUGUUUCAGUAGCUUAAUUGAUUGAGUAUGGAGAAAUGUAUUUGUGUGUGAUUAUUACUAUUUAUUAAAUUUUAAAUCUUUUGCUGAAUGUCAUUUUAAAGCAUGUUUGAGGUCUUGUGUAUUUGUCCUGUUAUGCCGUCAGGAAGAACUGACUGAAAUGUUUUAAUAUGUAUCAAAAAUUAAAAUGAAUUUUUUUUUUGUA